AUGCUGCUGCGCACCGAAGUAGCAGCUGCUGCUGCUGAGUCGGCAGUGGCACCAUCAACUGCAGCAGCAGCAACUGCAGUAGCAGCAACUGCAGCAGCAGCAACAACAGAUGCUGCAACAAAUUCGUGUGCCUCCCCUCGGGGGCAAACUGUUCGCUCAGCAACCAGCAGCAGCAGCAGCAGCAGCAGCAAAGACUGCUCAAGACUAAGCAGCCCCCGAGACCACAGCAGCAUUGCGGUGUGCACACCCAGCAGCAGCAGCAGCAGCAGAUGGCUGGACUGCUGCAAAGAGACAUGCAUGCGGCUGAUGCUGCAGCCAGCAGAAGUGCUGCUAGACAGAACCACAGCACUUCUUGCUGCUCUUGCUGAGCCUGAGGUGUAUAGGCAGUAUUGGGAAGCAACAGCCCCUGAGACUUGCUGCAGCAGCAGCAGCAGCUGUUGUUGCAGCAGGUGUUGUGGGAGCAGCUGGAGCAAAGGGGAGGGCAGCAGCAGCAGCAGAGGAUACGUCUGCAGCAGUGUAAGCGGCAGCAGCAGCGGCAGCGAGGGCGACGCGGGCAGCAGCAGCAGCGUGAGCAGCAGCAGCAGCAGCAGCAGCAGCAGAAGCACCAACAGGAGGAGGACUGGCAACAGCAGCAGGAGAAGAAGAAGGAGACUGAGGAUUAGGGGCGAGCAGCAGCAGCAGCACCACCACCACCACCACCACUCCCACCGUGGGAGGUACAGCUGCAGCGGCAGCAGCUGCAGCUUGCCUAUCCCCCCGCAGGCGGAGAGCCCUUCUGUUGAUUUGCUGCCUUUAUUUUUCAGUCGUAGCGACGCAGCAGCAGCAGCAGCCGCAGCAGCAGCAGAACGCCACAGCUUCUUGCCUGCUGCUGCUGCUGCUGCUGCUGCUGUUCCCCUCAGAGACGCUGAGGAUGUCGCUUGCUAUUGUCUACGCAUGGACCUCCUGGGACAGCAGGAAGAGGCAGCAGCAGCAGAUGCUGCUGCAGCAGAACAGGAUCAGCAGCAGCAGCAGCUGCUGCAACAAACAGGAGACGCUUGCGUCAACCGCAGUUGCUGCUGCAGCUGCUGCAGCACAGGAGCAGCAGCAUCACUACUGCCAUUUGAGCCCUGCCUCUACGAGGGACCUGCAGCAGCAGAGCUGCAGCACCAACAGGAACAGCAGCAGCAGCAACACCAGCAGCAGCAGCAGCAGCAGCAGCAGGCUGCUGCCUUUGCUGAAGACGUUCUAGCCCGCGAUGUCCCCCCCGUUACUUUCGUGGGGCCUCCGCCUGCCUGGAUGUCUGUACACCUCAGGCGUGAUGCUCAUCCACCUGCAGCAGCAGCAACAGCAGCAGCAACAGCAGCAGCAACAGCAGCAGGAACAACAGCUGAAACGGAUGCCUUUAAGGCACCACCCUCAAAGCAGGCGACGGCUGCAGCAAUACAUAUGGGAGCAGCAGCAGAAGCUAAUGCUGCUGCUUCUGCUGCUGCUCCUGCUGCUGCUCCUGCUGCUGCUGCUGCUGAUGCACUUGAGACGUUCGAGCCUGUGGCAUUCCCUAUCCGCUUCUACGGCUACCACAUCGGCCGGCGAUUUGCUGCUGCUGCUCGUGAUUCAGCGCUGCUGCUAAAAAGGCAGCAGCAGCAGGCGCAGCAUGCAGCAGCAACAGCAGCAGCAACAGCAGCAGCAGCAACAGCAGCAGCGGGAGAUCUAACCUGCACCAGCCACCACUUGGCAGACGAUCGCCACUCUCCGCAGAGGGAGCAUGCGCACAGCAGCAGCAACAGCAGCAACAGCAGCAGCAACAGCAGUAAAUUUGUACGGUGCAUGUGCAAUUGCUGCGUUGCUGCGGAUUCUUUGCUGCAUUUGCUGGAGUCUGAUCCUCCUACCUUCGUCGCAGUGGGCAGCAGCAGCAGCAGCAGCAGCAGCAGCAUCAGCAGCGGGAGACACCGCAGCCGCUACGUAUACCAGGGUGCAGCAGGUGGGGGCAGCUACAGCUGCAGCAGCACGAGCAGCACAAGCAGCAGGGGUGUAGGCACCAGCAGCAGCAGAGCCUUGAGGGCAUCAACAAAUCUAAGAGAAGGAGUUUGGCUGCUGCGUACAGCAGCAGAAGGGAGACCCUUUGCUGCGCAGGCUGUGCUGCACCUGCGGGUGUCUGGCUUGCUGCUGCUGCAUGCAGCCCGCCGCCGUCAGCUGCUGCAGCAGCACCCCAACAGCAGCAACAGCAGCAGCAGCAGCAGAGAUGGGGGUUCAGCUGGGCUCUGUUGCUGCUGCUGUGCUGAAGUAGUUGAUGCGCUCUUGCAGCAGAAGCAGAGCAGCAGCAACUACAGCAACAGCAACAACAACAACAGCGGCAGCAGCAGCACGGAAGUGCAGCAGCGUCAGUUGCUGCUGCAUGCACACACGCAGAUAAGUAUAUCCCUUGUGAAGCUGCUGCUGCUUGAUGUACACCGCAUGCACCCCGCUGAGCCUCUCUUUAGGGUGCUGCGGCGAGUGAGACGGAUGUCUUUAACUUGGUUCCGCUGUAAGAAGAUGGCGCUGCUGCUGCAGCGAGAGCAGCAGCAGCAGCAACAGCAGCAGGUGCAGCACCAGCAACAGCAGCAGGUGCAGCAGCAGCAGCAGCAGCAAGCGGAGACGGGGACCCUCUUGGGGUUGGCUGCGGCCCAACAAGACAUCUCGACAACUACUACAGCGUCAGCAGCAACUGCAGCAGCAGCAGCUGCUGCUGCUGCUGCAGCAGGAAAGUCGUUGCAUGUAAAGGACAAAUUCUCUCUCCCCAGUUUGCCGCAGCAGACUUUGCGCGUCCUUGUUGCUGAUGCUGCAGUUGAAGAUGCGGUGUCUAUACACCUCACCUUCUCCCACGCGCUGCGGCGGCUGUCUCCUUGGCUGCAGCUGCAGCAGCAGCCGCUGCAGCUGCUGCUGCAUACUGCUGAGGGGCAUCAGUUGCUGCUAGCAGCAGGCUUGCGCUCCUGGGACGUCUUGGGGCGGCUACAGCAGCAGCAGCAGCAGCAGUUGCAGCAGCUGCAGCACCAGCAACAGCAGCAAGACAAAGAACAAGAAUAUUGUUUAGGAGAAGGCAAGGAAGAUGAGGCGUCUCCUCUCUUGCGGCAUCAGAGCAGCGAAGGGCUCGAGUGGAUUGCUGCUGCUGCUGCUGCUGCUGCAGCAGACGAUGCUGCUGCCUCAGCUCUCGACACCGCAUCUUCUGCUGCAGUGAGAGACACUGCUGAUGCUGCUGCUGCUGCUGCAGGAGAAGCAGUGGGGGCUGUAAACCUGGAUGAGGCGCUGCAGAGGCUUGCUCUACUAAAUAAACCCCUGGGGGAUGCAGACAGCGCAACGGAGGAGCCUGAAGCAGCUUAUAAAGCCCAGCAGCAGCAGCAGCAGCAGCAGCAGCAGGGGAUGCAGCGCGUGAAGCAGCAGCGGGAGAUGCCCAGAGCUUCAGGAGACGCAGGCGUACGUGUAAAGGAGGAGGAGGCCUUGCUGCUUGUACAGAAUGUGCGGCAGCAGGAACAGCAGCAGCAGCAGCAGGAACAGAAGCACGAAGCAGCAGCAGCAGCAGCAGAGGAUAGCAUAUUUUCUUAUCUGGAGAGCGUGCGGCAGCAGCAAGAAGCUAAGUGCAGCCCUGGGGGCCUCCUUUGCUGCAGCAGCAGCAAGUCCGCCAAUGUGGGAGCAUCUGCUGAUUGCUCAGUAGUGCAGCAGCUGCUGCAGCUGCUGGAUGCGGAGGCACAGCAACGGCAGCAGCAGCAGCAGCAACCGCAUCAACAAACAAAUAGGGUCCCGUGUAGCUGCUGCUGCAGCUUUAAAAAGCAAGAGGGGUAUUUUGCGGGGAAUCUGCUGCAGAGCGGCGAACCAGCAACGCGUGAUGUGCUGCAGGCCGUCGUGGCGCCACUGCUGCAGCAGCAGCAGCAGCAGCAGCAGCGGCAGCAGCGGCAGCGGCAGCGGGUACCUGGCUACAGCUGCGAGUACCUCGGGGUGACUGAGACGGCUGCAGGAGACUCCCUAACACUUUCUUUGCUGCUUACUUUGCUGCUGCCGACGCAGCGGCUGCUGCUGCCUCGCGGGAAGCUUGGUGCUGUGCAGGAAGCUUGCUGCUGCUCCGCACCAACAGCAGCAGCAGCAACUGCUCCAGCAGCAGCGGCAUGCAUGUUGCAGUCUAUCAGUGAGGAGGGCAAACCUUGGCGCAGCCGCCGCUGUAGCAGCAGCUGCUGCAGCACCAGCUGCUGCAGCAACGGGGGAUGCAGCAGCAGCAGCCAGCAGCAGACUCACGAGGAGCCUGCAGAGGAGCCGCUGUUUAUCUUAGCCCCGGGUGCAGGGGGAGGAGAGACAACGGAAGAGACACCGCAUACAUCUGAUGUGUUGGGGCCGUUGCUGCUGUCGCAGCAGCAACGGCAGCAGCAGCAGCAGCAGCAACUGCAGCAGAGGCUUUUUAAUGAUGUUGCAACCGGGCGCGCAGGAGAAGAGAGCACGAAGACAAAUCCAUCUAUCUCCAGCACAACCCCACGCAGCAGCAGCAAAGACAGCAGCAGCAGCAAAGCCAGCAGCAGCAGCAGCAGCAGCAAACGCAGCAGCAGCAGCCGUAAAGGGAGCAGCAGCCGCCGCAAAGGCAGCAGCAGCAGCAGCAGCAGCAGCAGGACUGGCAUAUUGUGGGCGCGCACAGUCAGUGGCAGCGUCUCUCUGCGUAUUACUUCAGCUGAGGAGGGCAGCGUGGGUGGAGACAGCGACAGCGAAGGGAAGCAGCAGCAGCAGCAGCAGCAACAGGAGCAGGAACAGGAGCAGCAGCCGCCGUUGCUGCUACCAUCAGCGGGGGCCUCUCCGCCUCCUGAAGGUGUUGCUGCGUCUGUUGGCUAUGAAAUCGGCAGCGGCCCUCCCAUCAGCAGCAGCAGCAGCAGCAGCAGGGGCGAAGCUGAGUCGAAGGAGAAUCCUGAGGAUGUGCUGCUGGCAGCACUGCAGCAACUCGCAGGCUUCGUGCGGCGAGGCGGCACUGAACUCAACUUUGGAUUUGCGGUGUAUGCGGAGCUCAUCGGAGA